ACCUUUACAGCGUCUCUGGAAUUGCGCUAUUCAUCUUGGUGCCUCUCAAGGUGGGAGAUUGAAGAACAAGAUGACGACGACCUUGACAAUGGAGGGCAUGAUGGACAGGGCCGUCCUGGAUGAUAUCAUUCGCAGGCUCCUCGAAGGCAAAGAAGGCAAACAAGUGCAGCUCUCUGAGUCGGAGAUCCGUCAACUCUCCGUCAACGCUCGCCAAAUCUUCCUCUCUCAGCCCAUUCUCCUCGAGCUUCAUGCUCCUAUCCACAUCGGCGGUGAUAUACAUGGGCAGUACCGAGACUUAUUAAGGCUUUUUGAAUACGGUGGCUACCCUCCUGCUGCAAACUACUUGUUCCUAGGGGAUUACGUAGAUAGAGGAAAGCAAAGCUUGGAGACAAUAUGUUUGCUUUUGGCCUACAAAAUAAGAUAUCCUGACAAAAUUUACCUGUUGAGAGGAAACCACGAGGAUGCGAAGAUAAAUCGGAUAUAUGGGUUUUAUGAUGAAUGUAAACGGAGGUUUAAUGUUAGGCUGUGGAAGAUAUUUACUGAGUGCUUCAACUGUUUGCCAGUAGCUGCACUAAUUGAUGACAAAAUACUCUGCAUGCACGGCGGCCUCUCUCCAGAAUUGAAAAAUUUGGAUCAGAUAAGGCAAAUUCCGAGGCCUACUGAUGUUCCCGAUAAUGGUCUCCUCUGUGAUCUGCUUUGGUCUGAUCCUGAUUCUAACAUCGAGGGCUGGGCAGAGAGUGACAGAGGCAUCUCAAGUAAUUUUGGUGCUGAUGCAGUCACGCGGUUUUUGGAUGACAAUGACCUCGAUCUCAUUUGCCGAGGUCAUCAGGUGGUGGAGGACGGGUAUAUGUUUUUUGCUAAGCGAAGGUUGGUCACAAUAUUUUCUGCUCCAAACUAUGGUGGUGAGUUCGACAACGUGGGCGCAUUAUUGAGCAUUGAUGAAUCUCUCGUAUGUUCCUUCAAGAUCAUUAGACCGAUUGACAGAGGAACUGGUUCGUCAAAGGUGAAUCUCAAGAAGCCUUCUAAAGCUGGAAAGUCCUAGUCAUGUGGCAGGCUCAGAACUUUCGUAGAAUCGAACAUCUCUUAAGUGGUCACUUUGAUUUUGGCAAGAGAUAGCCUUCCCCAGCUUUGCGAGUCGAAGGACGGCAAUGAUCCAAUGGCCUCCAAAACUAUGUUGUAAACUAAAACCUUCUCUGGCAUUCUUCGUGCGAUUAUACACCAUUUGGUCACUUGUUUGGCAGUUUUAGACGUAUUUUGUGCGAGCAAACAGAGUUCCAUAUUAGAUAUGAAGGGUGUU